AUGAGCGCUCAAAGCUAUGAAGCAUCCUACCUGCGGUGGAAAUUUCUAGCGCUUCUGUUUAUUUUGGGGGAGGCAAUAUGGAAGAGCAGCGCUUGCCCCAAGUCGUGUGCUUGCUACGUUCCAACUGAGGUACACUGCACUUUUAGAUAUUUGACCGCAAUACCAACCGAGAUACAGCCAACUGUGGAAAGAAUUAACUUAGGGUACAACAGUUUGACGGUACUUAGAGAGCAUGACUUCUCAGGGUUGGAACAUUUGGAAUUGCUCAUGCUGCAUAGCAAUACCAUCCAAAAUAUUGAAGACAGGGCUUUUCAUGAUCUCAAGUCCUUGCAGGUCUUAAAGAUGAGUUACAACAGAGUGAAAGAGCUCAAGAAGGAGACGUUUCGUGGCCUAAACAAUCUUUUGCGCCUCCAUAUGGACCACAAUCGCAUUGAAUUCAUCAAUCCAGAGACUUUUUAUGGCCUGACUUCCCUACAGCUGGUCCAUUUAGAAGGCAACUUGCUGCAGCAGCUUCAUCCAGACACGUUCAUAACUUUGAGACACAGCCAGAUUUUCGAAAUUUCCUCUGUCAAGACCAUUUACUUGUCUGACAAUGUUCUGACCAGCCUUCCCACCACUAUCUUUGCGGGCUGCCAUCAGCUAGAAAAUGUCUACCUUCAUGGAAAUCCCUGGUCUUGUGACUGCCAGAUGAACUGGUUUACAGAGUGGGCUGACAGGAAUCCUGGUGUGUUGAAAUGCAAAAGAGACAGGAAUUAUGCCAGAGGACAACUCUGCCCCAUCUGUGAAACUCCAAAAACCUCUCGAGGCAGAAAUAUAGCCCACUUAUCCCAUGAUCACUUCACAUGCACCAAACCAUGGAUACACAUGAAACAAAAAAAUAUUACCUUGGAUGAAGGUGACUUUACCCCAGUUUUUCCCAAGGACUUCAUUGCACCCAUUGGCAUGCUGGAGAUGAAUGUGACAGAUCAGUUCCACAAUGAUGCCAGUGUAUCCUGUGUCAUACAGAGACCCUCUGGGAUGGAAAAUCUGACUGUGAGUCAGAGUAGCAACAAUGAGGAUGUAAUGACACUGAGUGCAGUGGUCACCACAUCACUAGUUUGCAAUAUUGACUAUGAGCACAUCCGACAGCUCUGGAGCAUCCUUGCAACAUAUAGUGAUUCUCCAAUGAAACUGGAGCGAGGAUUAUUACUCACCAGGUCACCAGAAAUGAUUUUCCAGUACAGACAACAAAGGCCAGAUGAGAAUGACGUCUUCACAGACAUUGUGGCAGAGAUCAAGGCCAGCCCUGGAUGGCUAAUGCAAGGAGAGAUUACAUUACAGCUGGACAGGACAACAACCACCUACUCAACCCUACACAUCAAAUACAGAUCUCUCAUUCAGCUAAAUGUUGAAAGUAAGAGAGAGAGAAAGGACAGAUAUAGCUGGGCCAUGAUCAAAAAAGACAACCAAACUAAAACUGAGCACACUGUCCUAAUUGGUGGAUUGGCUGAACUGGAUUGUCAGACUUUUGGAGAUCCCAAACCCAUGGUUGAGUGGAUUUUACCUGAUGGCAGCAAGAUCCGUGCACCAUACUACAGUGAGGACCGGAGAAUUGUUAUCUCAGACAAUGGAAAGCUUACGCUCAGGGCAGCUGACAGCUCAGAUGCUGGACUUUACCGGUGCAUUGCCACUAAUUAUUUGGAUGGAGAUGUCCUUACCUUCAGGGUUACUGUGUUGUCUCCAGAUGUGGAGGAGGAGGAUGUGAAUGGAGUGCAACUCUCGCUUUCACAAGGACAGAAUUUAGUUCUUAAUUGUGAAUCCACAGGUAGUCCGGAGGCUUCAGUUCAAUGGAUAUUACCUGAUAACACAGUAUUAGACAAAUCUUAUGGGAACAGGAAACUCUACAAAAAUGGUACAUUAGGAAUACAUGGACUCACAGAGAGGGACAGAGGCUUUUAUAGAUGUUUGGCUGCUAAUUACCUCGGGGCAGAUUUGCUUGCUUCCCAAAUAACCAUAACCAAUGAAGGGAAAAGAGGAAUAAUGUUUACAGAUACUGAGGCUUCAGAGGCAGUAACUGGUGUUAUGCCACUGCUCAGUGACAAGAACCCAAAUGUGACACCCAUGAUGGAUGGACCAUCUCCAAGGGCGGAGCCCGUCGUCCACACGUCCAUAGACCCUGAGAGCCAGACCACUUUUACUGCAGUCACCACCACACAACGAGAACAAGAUGAAAUUACAUUUCACACCACUCAGAAGAUCAAGUCAUCUACUGAGAACACACAAUUGAAGCCCAGGAUUGUAGGGGGUAAUGCAGCCAGUUUUACUGUUCUGUCAAGCUCAGAUGCAUUCCUGCCUUGUGAAGCUGCCGGUGAACCUGUACCCACCAUCACCUGGAGGCGAUUCUCCUCCAGAAGUACCUUUACUAUCAAGGGCAAGAUGGGCAAAUUUGAGGUAUUCAAGAAUGGAACAUUGUUCAUCCAAAACGCAAAUAUCAAGGAUCGUGGACAGUAUCUAUGCCUGGCUGAGAAUGAUUAUGGCUCAGACAAGCUCCUAGUUACCCUUUCUGUGGUUGCCUACCCUUCACGUAUUCUGGAACCAAAGGUUAGAGAGAUCAAAGUUCAUUCUGGAGAUACAGUUGAAAUGAAGUGCAAGGCAGAGGGCAGGCCUCUGCCUUUGGUCUCAUGGAUCCUCGCCAAUCGUACUCAGGUGAGGGGUCAAAACACUGAACAUGAGAGGGUAACUGUGACACCUCAGGGGACCCUGGUUAUCCAACAGGUGUCAGUUUAUGACCGAGGUCACUACAAGUGCAUUGCUAGCAACCCUGCAGGAGCAGAUACUGCCACUGUCCGUCUACAAGUCGUUGCAGCACCCCCUGGUAUUCUGGAGGACAAGCGGCAGCAGGUGAAGGCACAUGUCGGGCAGAAUCUGUGGCUGCCUUGUACAGCUAAUGGAGACCCCCAGCCUACAACACACUGGGUUUUAGUUGACGGGACUGUAGUGCGGCCCCUUCGCUACAUUGACUCUAAGGUGUCAGCAUUCUCCAAUGGUACCCUUCUUCUGAAGGACCUGGAUAUCACAGACAGUGGAAAAUAUGAGUGUAUUGCAACAAGUUCCACAGGGUCAGAGCGGCGAGUGGUCACCCUGACUGUAGAAAAGACUGAGACAGCUCCCCAGAUCACAGCAACAUCACAGCACAUAACUGAACUCAGCUAUGGAGAUCGUCUGUACCUGAACUGCUCUGCCAUUGGAGACCCUAAACCACGGAUCAUUUGGAGGCUUCCCUCCAAAGCACUUGUUGAUCAGUGGCACAGAAUGGGAAGCCGUAUGCAGGUUCUCGAAAAUGGCACUCUCAUCAUUGAUUCAGUCAGUGAAAAAGAUGCUGGGGACUACCUCUGUGUUGCACGCAACAAAGUUGGAGAUGAUCUGCAGCUACUGAAGGUCACAGUAUCCAUGAAGCCAGCUAAGAUUGAACCUAAAGUCUAUGGCAAGAAGCAAGUUCCCUAUGGAAAUGACCUGAAGGUGGACUGCAAGGCCUCUGGCGCUCCAGUCCCAGAGAUAUCUUGGGGGUUGCCAGAUGGCACACUGUUAAACAGUGCCUUGCAGGCAGAUAGUAGUGGAGGAAGCCGAUCCAAACGAUACAUCCUGUUUGAUAAUGGUACACUCUAUCUGAACAAAGUGGGCAUGGCAGAGGAAGGUGACUAUACCUGUUAUGCUGAGAACACACUGGGUAAGGAUGAAAUGCAUGUUCACAUCACUGUGGUGACAGCAGCACCUCGCAUCCGCCAACCGAGCCAUACCUAUGUCAAAGUAAAGCCAGGUGGGAACAUCCGGUUUGACUGUGAGGCUGUUGGGGAGCCCAAGCCAAAGAUCCUAUGGAUGCUCCCCUCAAAUGAUAUGAUUGCUGCCUCUAAUGAACGUUACUUAAUGCAUGUAAAUGGAUCUCUCGACAUCAGAGACAUAAAGCUUGUUGAUUCUGGAGAAUAUGUCUGCAUGGCUCGCAAUACAGCUGGUGAAGAUAGCAAAGUGUACAAGUUGGACAUAGAUGGCAAUCCACCUAUCAUAAAUGGCUAUUACCAAAAUAGAACUGUGGUCAAAGAUACAGCUGCCAAGUACUCCAGGAAACUGAUUGACUGCAAGGCAGCAGGGGACCCUCCACCACAGAUCACUUGGAUUAUGCCAGAUAACAUCUUUCUAACAGCGCCAUAUUAUGGAAGCAGGAUCAACGUCCAUCACAAUGGUACUCUGGAGAUCCGUAACGUCAGACCAACAGAUACAGCAGAAUUUAUAUGUAUGGCACGUAAUGACGGAGGAGAGGCAGUCAUGGUGGUACAAUUGGAGGUUACCAGUAUGCUCAGAAGGCCCAUCUUCAAAAACCCUUUUAAUGAACGGGUGGUAACCCAUGUGGGUAAGACCACAGUUCUCAAUUGUUCUGCUGAUGGACAGCCCACUCCAGAGAUCACUUGGCUCUUGCCCAACGGUACACACUUUGUUGGAGGUUCUGACAGGGACUCUAAAUAUCAUCAAGGCAAUGAUGGUUCCUUUGUCAUCUACAAACCCAGCAAGGAAGAUGCAGGGAAGUACCGCUGUGCUGCUAAAAACAAGGUGGGCUACAUUGAAAAAUUGAUUGUUCUGGAAGUUGGACAGAAGCCUUUCAUUUUGACAAGACCAAGAGGCAUUAUCCGCAGUGUGGCUGGGGACCCUCUCUUCCUGCACUGCCUGGCUGAUGGAAUCCCCCGCCCAAACAUCUUUUGGACCCUUCCAGGGGGUCACAUCCUUUCACGCCCACAGUUCAGUGGCCGAUAUCAGGUGAUGGACAAUGGCACACUGGUCAUCCGUGACACAACCCUCCAUGACCGUGGUAACUACCAUUGUCGGGCCAAGAGCGUUGCUGGGGAAGCAGUUCUCACCAUACCUGUCAUCAUCAUCGCCUACCCACCACGCAUCACCAGUGGGCCCCCGCCAAGUAUGAGGGCAGUGGCAAGUUCUCCUGUGCAGCUUAACUGUGUUGCUGUUGGGAUCCCCAAACCAGAUAUCACUUGGGAGCUCCCUGAUCGGUCCGUCCUUACUGCAGCUGGACAGGGCCGACCUGCUGGCAGUGAGCUGCUCCAUCCACAGGGUACACUCAUUAUCCAGAAUCCGACAAGGGCAGACUCUGGCACAUAUAAGUGCCUGGCAAAGAACGCCCUUGGCAUGGACACCAAGGUCACAUAUUUAAGAGUCAUGUGA